CAUCGACUCCAGCCCUGAGCUCCUCCGCCCCGCUAGCAACCGCAUGCACUAGAACAGACGCACAACAUGUCUGACAACCCGCGACCGCGCUCGCGCUUUGAUAGAGGUGAGCCUGAGCUAUCCUCACGCUCACGCUUCGAUCGACGUUCCCGCUCGCCCUCGACGCGCGCGUCCGACUCUGUGGUGCGCAGCCGAAGCCCGAUUGCUCGCGACUCCACCGACAGUCCUUCAACCGCGGGCAGAAACUCCGGUCCGGCUGGUCCACCCGGUGCAGCAGCAGCGGCAGCAGCAGCAGCUGCUGCCAGGAUUGCUGCGUCCAUCCAGGCUAAGAAGAGCAUUCAGACAGUUGAUGUCCCGCCUAUUCGAUCUAGCCUUACUCCUACGAGUACGAAAUCCCCUCCGAGUAAAGGCGCUGCUGUUAGUGGCGAGAUCUACCAACAGGACGGCGACUACAUCAAGGACAUUGAAGUCAAUGAUCUGCGCAAUCGCUAUACACUGACCAAAGGAGCUACACAAAAAACGAUCAAGGAAGAUACUGGUGCCGAUGUCACAACCCGAGGAGAGUACUACCCCGAUAAGAGCAUGGCAACUGCUGCGGCACCCCCGCUCUAUCUUCACAUCACUAGCACUUCAAAAGAAGGUCUAGAGAAGGCGGUUGCUAAGAUUGAGGAAUUAAUGAAACAGGAUUUGCCAAACCUCGUUGAUGAACGUAGAUUCCGUCGCGGUCGCGAACCUGACAACAUCGAGCGGGAUGAAUUUGGUCGACGCAAAUGGCCGGAGGAGAAGAUCCCAGUCGAUCUUGAACCAAUCAGUGGUUUCAACUUGCGGGCACAAGUUGUCGGCCAAGGAGGGCAAAAUGUCAAGUACAUCCAGCAAGAAACCCGUUGCAAGGUACAGAUCAAGGGCCGUGGUUCUGGAUUCAUGGAGCCCCAAUCUGGUCAAGAGAGUGACGAGCCCAUGUACCUCCACGUCGCAGGGCCAGACCCUGCCAUGGUACAAACAGCUAAAGACUUGUGCUAUGAGCUUCUCACCAACGUAAAGAGGGAGUAUGAGAAAUUCAAAGAACGCCCCCCUCAACAUCGUUAUGGCGGAGAUGGACGCCCAGGAUAUGGAGAUCGCGGCGACCGCGAGCGAAGCCAGAGCUAUGGGUACGGGGUUGGCUACAGUGGUGGUUAUGGUGGCCGAAAUGAUGCGCCACCCGCUGCACCUACCGUCGCCACCCCAGUCCAGGGUAGUCAAGACUAUACUGCAGCUUAUUGGACUCAAUACGCUCAACAAUACUACCAAAACGGGCAGGACCCCUAUGCGGCAUAUGGUGGGUAUGACGCAUAUAUGGCUAUGUACAAUCAGUACUAUGGUGGUCAGGCAGCCUCUCAGCAAUCUCCGCCACCUGGAACGACGGUUGCCCCCCCUCCUCCCCCACCACCACCGUCUGAUACAGCGCCUCCUCCGCCUCCUCCUCCUGGUGCUGCGCCUCCGCCGCCGCUGCCAGCGGGAUCACCUCCUGGAUCGUACCACUCAGUACCACCACCUCCGGGCUUGUAAGUAGUCUUCCCGGGGCUAUACAUCUCAAGAGAACAGUUCAUCUUCCGACUUGAGGUCGAUCUAAAAAUGAUUGACCAAGACAAGAGAUGUUGGCAGCAUUGCCCUGAGCAA